AUGUCGUCAGCGAACCCAGCAUCCAGCCUGAAAGGGGUUAAGCAAAAGUUGACAAGACAGCUUAACAACCUUAACGGCCUUAUCAUCGAAGCCUUGGACUAUCAAGCCCCAUGGCAGUUCCCUGUAACCCUUAAGGAAAUACUACAGUUUUUGGCAACAAAAACCAUAAUGGUGCAAGAAUUGCAUGUCUUGUACCAAGAAACCGUUGAGGCUCGCAGUAAUACAUUGACGGAAAUAAAGAGCAGUGAUGAGAAAGAAACAAUCGAUGAGUUCGACGAGACUGGAAAUCAAAGAAUGGGGAAGAAGUACUCGAAGAAGCAGAAAAGCAGUUACGGUUAUUAG